CAGCAGAAGUGAAUAGUGUGAUUGUUCUGUGUUAAUGAUGAGAGGAGCAUUAUUCUCCCUCUUCCGCCGCAAAACCAAGCCACCAUUUUGUUUCUCUGCUCCUCUUUUCUUCUUCACAACAUCAACCUCUAAACUUAACAUCUUCGAUCGCCAACUCAAACGCAAUCAGCGUGACCGUGCCGCAUGGUUAAUGCCUCAAACCGAUCCUUUACUUCACACCGUUGCUCAUAAUCUUUUAGAUCGAUUGCAGGACUGUAAGAAGACUUUUCCUUCAGCUUUAUGUUUGGGAGGCUCAUUGCAAGCUGUCACACGUUCUAUUCGCGGCCACGGUGGCAUAGAGAAGCUUAUCGUCAUGGAUGCAUCCCAUGACAUGGUACAGCGUUGUAAAAAUGAUUACCAUGCAUCUAACAACGAAAACAUUGAAACCACAUUUGUGGUUGGUGAUGAAGAAUUCUUGCCUAUCAAAGAAAGCUCAGUGGAUUUGGUUAUUAGUUGCUUGGGGCUACACUGGACUAAUGAUCUGCCAGGAGCAAUGAUACAAUCUAUGUUGGCAUUGAAGCCUGAUGGCCUAUUUUUAGCAGCUAUCCUCGGAGGAGAAACGUUAAAGGAACUCAGAAUAGCUUGUACUAUAGCACAAAUGGAACGUGAAGGAGGAAUCAGUCCCCGAAUUUCACCUUUAGCACAGGUUCGAGAUGCUGGGAAUCUUUUGACUAGGGCAGGCUUCAACCUUCCAGGUGUUGAUGUUGAUGAGUAUACAGUUAAAUAUCCAAGUGCCCUCGAGCUUAUAGAGCAUCUCCGUGCAAUGGGUGAAACAAAUGCACUUUCCCAAAUGAACGCGAUGCUGAAGCGGGACACAGCCUUAGCAACUGCAGCGAUUUAUGAUUCAAUGUUUGCUUCAGAAGAUGGCACUGUACCUGCAACCUUCCAGGUUAUAUACAUGACGGGGUGGAAGGAACAUUCUUCUCAACAGAAACCAAAACGAAGAGGAUCAGCUACUGUUUCUUUCAAGGAUAUUCAAAAGCAGUUUGGCAACCAGAGUUGAUUUUUUUUUUUCAUUUCACUUGAUUCUCUCACUUAUAUAUCAAGGCAAUAAAAUUUACGAGCACUCUUCACAGUAUCGGUUUAUUUUUUUUUCUUUCUUUUUUCACAGUAUCGGUUAUAUAUCAAAGUUUUAAUUUAUGUAUCAAGACAUUUAAAUUCAUGAGCACUCUUCAUUUGUAUGUUAUCUAUAAAAUGCUGGUCCCUUUUUUUUCUUUCUAAGAUAUCAAAUGUUGGUACUUGUUAUA